GUACGCACAUCUCUUGGAGAACCGAUCAGACGUGGCAGAAACGCGCACCACCCGAAAGCUGAUGCCAUGGGUGGGUGAACCCUUUGAACUGAAGGACGAUGAGGUCCGCGGUCUGCUGGUGAUUUUCACGCACCUGGUAGCACGCGUCGAAGAUUCGGUGUUGCGCGCCUGGUUGCGCGAGAAUCAAAGCGACUUUGACACUAUCUUCGCCUUUCUGAAGAUGCUCAUCGCAGCCAUCACCAUCGCCACAUACCCCGGCGCAGUCAAAGUGGGGGCUUCCAAGCUGGCACCGCCGUCCCCAGCUUUUGGGAAUCACUCGGAUAGCGAUUCGUUGGGUCGGCCGGCUUCAGUGAUCAGCCGCGAUGGGCGCGAUGUUUUGCAUCGCGAAACGCCCUCGGUCGAUGUUUACCGCAUGAACGCCCUUUUCGUGCAGAAUCAGCACAAGCAUACAGAAGCCAAUACUCAUGAGGAGGCGCGUCUGUUGACCAAGUUGUGGCGCAACUUUUCCACAGAGAUGACGCUGACAGCUCUUCAAGUGAUUGAGAUUUUCAUGUCUGAUUUUGAAGAGGAGAUGCAAGAGCUUGAAUGCCAUGCUGAGCUGACUGAUCUCGUCUUUGAGGUCUUGAUGAAGCUGCUGCGACAGCCGCAAUCCGAGUUGGCCCUCAACCACAUUUUUCAAACCCUGCAAGUUUUCAUUUGCAAGUUUUCGGGCCUCUUGUUUUCGGGCUCAACGCAAUUUGCCGCCACCUUGUGCGAAAUGCUUCUUCGGCACUGCAACAGUCCCAUCUCCGGGGUUCGCGAGCAAGCGGUCGCGCUCCUGUUUUUGACAAUGUGUGAGAAUGACGCCUUUGAUCGUGGUUUCCAACGCAUCAAAGUGCAGACCACGAUCGCGCUCUCUGAGAUUGUGAGUGGCAGUGAUGCGGACUGUGAUGCCAGUGAUGAAUUGCUUCGCAGCUCCUUGGCUACCCUGAUUAGCUUUGCCAACCAACGCGAGCUUGUGACAUCCCGAGGCGAGGACUUUUCCCCGAAAGUCCGAUCGUUGGCCAUGAACCUGUAUCACAUCCUGCGCAACUCUUACACCAUGCGGAUGCUGGCGGAUAGCGACGGCCAGCUCGAGCUCCACUACUUUAUUGCUCAAGGCUACAAGCAUUCGCCUGACCUGCGUCUCACUUGGCUAUUGACGCUGGCUGAGCGCCAAGCAGAAAAAAAGAACUACAGCGAGGCUGCCCACUGUGCGGUCCAUGCUGCGGGUCUGGUAUCCGAGUAUCUGAUGCUCAUCGAGCCCAAACCGGGAUAUCCGGCUGGCUGUGCGGCCUUUGAGAAAAUCUCUACGAACGUCAUUGAGGAGAGUGCUUUGGCAGCGCAGCCGGAGCGCAUUCAAGAAGAGGGCAUCUGCUCGCAUCAUCUGUUUUCAGAUGAUGGUCUUAUGCUCUCUUUCCUGAUUCCGAUGUAUCAGUCCCAUCGCAACUUCAAGGGGCUGCACGAAGUGCACAGUAUGCUGACGAAUGUGUACCAGAGCGUACUCCAGGCUCAGACCAAGGGUCAUCGGUACUUUGGGACCUACUAUCGCGUCAAGUUUAUCGGCGCAGUUUUCCCUGAGGAGUUGUCUCGUGGCGAGUUUAUCUACAAGGAACCUUCCCUGACCAAACUGCCCGAGAUUUGCUCGCGCCUGGAGCAACUGUACACGACCGAGCUGGGCCCAGGCAAUGUGAUCAUGAUCCAGGACUCGCGGGAGGUGGAACCGGCGAAGCUGGAUCCGCGCAAGGGCUACAUCCAGGUUACUUACGUUAGUCCCUAUCACGAUGAGCAUGAGCUGAAGCAUCGACCCACGGAGUUUGAGCGCAACAUCAACUUGCAGUGGUUUGUCUUUGACACGCCUUUUACCAAAGAUGGUAAGGCGCACGGUGCGAUUGACAAGCAGUACUUGCGGCGCACCUUCCUCAAAACAUCGGCGACGUUCCCAUACUUGCGCAUGCGAUUGCCCGUUGUUCAGUCCCGUGUGGAGGAAUUGACUCCAUUGCAGUUUGCUGCGGACAGCAUCGCUCAGAAAACGCAUGACCUUCAAAGCAGCUGCAAUGCGGAAACGCCCAAUCUCACUUUGCUGCAGCUACAGCUUCAGGGGGCGGUGUCUGCUGCCGUCAAUGAGGGCCCGCUGCACAUUGCCAAGGCUUUUUUUGAAGGGCCCAUGCCGGAGGACUACACUGAGCAAACCCAGUUGAAAAAGCUGCGCCAAGGGUUUUUCAAGUUUCUCAAGGCUUGCGACCAGGCAUUGGAACUAAACGAAUCAAGCAUCAGUGAUGACCAGCGGGCCUAUCAUGAGAACAUGCAGCGCAACUUUGAUACGCUGCGUACGGAGCUGACGGAUAUUCUUAACAAGGCGUCCAAGGGGCUGCAACGCGCACGAAGCCAGCAGAGCUCAAUGCGACGCAGCAACGUGUCGUCCCUGCAUUCGGGCAUUGAACUGGCCGGAGCACCCCAUGCCACAACGGAUGUUUAG